AUGAAGAGCGGCCAUAUCCUUUCCUCUCUCGGCGCUCUUGCGGCCGUGGCUUCGGCCAAGCCCACCCCUCCGGAGAAGGAAACAGGGCGUCUCGCCACCGGAGCUCUGUCAUCUGCGAGCGGCUGCACCCCAUGGCCGGCAUAUGAGCCAUGCUGUAUCCCGGACUACUGCUGGUGCAGAAACGGCUGGUUCUACCUGUUCAACCCGGAGAACAAGAAGGCUGGCGGCAAUGGCUGUGACCCGCCAUGGGGCUUCAUGGGCAAAACACUGGAGGAGUUCCCUGGCUUUUGUGCAGAGAAGCUUGGAUGUAAAAAGGGAGUGCAAUGA